CCAUGUCGAACCAGCGGCCCUUCUGCACCAUCCGCCCUCCGACAUUGUCGCGCACGCAUCGGUGCUAGUCAGUCUAUUGCGAGAUUAGAUCUCCAGCGGCAUCAACGUACGCCAGAGAGGUUGAUGAUUCGCCAAGACACACAAAAUUAGGAAGGAGAAUUGUGGGCGCUGCUUGGGACUUUGCUCCCUACCGUCUAUGAGAGAAUAACUUACAAUGAAGAUUACAAAGCUUAAAAUCGGCGUGUAUUUUCAUGCCCAAAUGGGCUACGCAUUCUGCGUCUACUACUUUCCUGUCCAACCUGAAAGCUCUCCCGAUGUCGAAUCACCAUCUUCAGAAACAAACUUUUACCGUCUUCGAGAUUUAGACGUCAUGUUCUUCCGCAAAGAACCGGGAUAUAUGCACAAAUCAGCGAAAAUCCCAAAGCAGUACCUCACUUCGUCAUUACAUCAUUUCAAGGAGAAUACGGGAGACAUUUACAUGUCGUCAACGGCUAUCGCUGAAGCUGCAAAGCGACUUGGAAACUACCUUUUGGCGGAAUUUUGCGUUCUGUCUCGAGAUCAGAUCAAGAAUGGCGUGGCAGAUGAGAUGUUGAAGAGUAUCCCGCAUUUUAAUUGGAAACAUCCGUUCACCGAAAGUGAGGAGGAUUUGGAGGCGUUGUCGGACGGCGAAGAAAUGUCUGACGGAACUGAAACCGAAGACGGUGAUCACGGGAGAGAUUCUCCUGUUCCGAUGGACGCGGAUAAAGAAACUAAGAAGGAGAAUGAUGAUACCAAGGCAAGAGCCAUACGGCGAUCCCCAUCACCAACUCAUGGACAGGACGAUGUGUCAAAACGAGAUCGUUCGCGUGAACAGUCUUAUCGAUCAGAGAAUUCACAGCGAUUGUCGAGCUCUGCAAAUGUCGAGAAACUGGUGCACGGGAAGCCAGGACAUGGUCAAGGUCGUGAAACGGAAUCAAGUCCAGCUAGACAGCACGCAUCGCACGAAACGGGAAUGAAAAGAAAUCGCUCAGAAGCUGAACUUUCAGAAUCGGCACAAUCGGAAGAACACGCGGAUACAUCUCCCAAUGGGUCGGAAGAACCUCCAACCAGCCGACCAAAACAAAGGAAGCGUCUUUCCAUCAAUACAGCAGUUGGCCACAACUUGCCAGGCCGCGGAUCGUCAAAUGUCAACUCCAGCAAUAGUGCCAGUGUGGAUGUCAUGGAGCAGAUGAGAAAUACUCUUAAAUUGAAACAGCAACAGCAAGCGAUUAUUGAGGCUCGUCAGAAUGCUCAAUACCAGCAACGGGGACCGAUGUCCGCGGAUGUGAGGGGAAGUUCUCCGCCGCAAGAUUCGCACAAAGCGUCUCGCAGACCAUCGUCCCCGAAAUACCGAAAUUCAAAGAAUCUAACGAUAUGGACCGGAGAGAGUGCACAAAGCAAUCGAGGGGGCGCUAUGACAGCACCAGCCGACGGCCCUCAUGGUGCUUCACAUCCACCAAGCGUUCUGCAUCCCGGAAGGGUUCUUGGAUCUCCAUCUGGAGCAUCACUUUUAUCACCAAGACACUUGAACCCAGCUCCCGGCAAGUCAUCAAAGAUUACACCGCGAGGGCCUGAAGCAUCUCGCUAUAAUCCCAUAUUGCACACUUCAAAUUUGAGCUCUGGGCAACAGUUGAUGUCACCUCGAGCGGGUGAAUUUCCGUCCAGGGAAUUGCCCUUACCUCCUCACAUGCAACAGCAACAGCAGCAACAACAACAGCAACAGCAGCGAGAUCGGGAGGCACCUAGCACAGGAUUCGGAGCUGGAGGCGACCGGGACGCACAUCCUCGAUCCCCUCUCCCACCCAUCGCCCAAACCAGUUCCAAACAUCUGCCACCUCCGUCUCCUAGCUCCGCCUACCCGACAGCAUCAAUACAUGGCUAUCCUCCUGUUUCCCGCCAAGCGUUUUUGGCUACCUUUGAAUCGAUGUACGAUUCCGCCGAAGAAAAUUUACGUCUGCAGUCAACCCUUCAAGGACAGCUUCGUCGCACGGGUGCUAUGCUGCAAUCGCUUCAAGGCGCAGGACAGAUGAUUGAAGGGCUUGUUCGAAGUCAUUUCCGGGAAAUGCAAGCUCAGUAUGGAGAAAAGUUUGGGGCAGCCUUGACGCGGCUAGACCGACGGCUUGCGGUCGUAGAAGAAAAAUGCGGAAUCACACCGCCGGCGGGAGGGACUGCAUCGUCUUCUGCCGCUCAUUGGGGAUUCCGAGGAGGGCCACCAAGCGCGAAUGUCAAUGGGGGGGCCUUCUCUUUCGGAGCAAAGGAAGAAGGUGAAGGGAAGGGAAGUGGCGAUGGAGCCAUGGAAAUUAUGCUCAAAGGUUUGAUGGAGAGGUUAGAGAGAUUGGAAAAGAAGGAGGACGUGGAUGACCCUCAAAUGAAAUGAUCAUUGAGGACCUUUUAUUCGAGUCUUUCCUUUUUAAUCCAAAUUGUCAGGAUCGUCAAUCAUACUUUUUGCUACUAUCCUAUCAACUGUUCUCCGUCUAGUUUUGUCAUUAAUACCCCGGUGCAUCGCUCCUUCUGAAACCGAGUUGUACAAAUCAGAGCACUUAAAAGACUACUCCUCCUAAACCCCCCUUUCCACCACAGUUGGUCUAACCACCCUUCC